UAUUUAUACUCAUAUGAACUCACCAAAGCAAAACAAACACUGGCUAGUGGUAGUGGCUACAAACAAAUUACAAAUCCAUAUAUACUAUACAAGUCCUAAGCUCAUCAUCUCAAUUUAAGACACAAACAAGAAGGAAAAAUCAUGAAGUCCUCUGCGAAAACAAUGAAGAUUGCUCUGUUUCUUCUUCUUUUAAUAACCGUCCAAACAAUUGCCAGACCGUUCACUGACAAAACCGGUAAAAUCCCAACAGUUCCAUCUUCUCCUUCAAAAGGUCCUCCUCCAGGUCAUGGUCAUCCACCAAGACCAAGCCCAACAGUUCCAUCUUCUCCUGCAAAAGAUCCUCCUCCAGGUCAUGGUCAUCCACCAAGCCAAGCCGCUAACGACAGGAACACCAUGUUUAUGCCUGAUAAGUGAUAACAGUUUUUCUGAUAAGAUCAUUACUAUUCAAUCUUCCCA